AACUCCGCCCUUACGUUCUUAAUUUUCACAUUCAUUCGAGCGUAUUGUACUAAAUACAAAAGCUUGCUAGUACUAGGCAAGUGAGUGUUGUGUAAACCGAAUCAAAAUAAAAACGGAGCAACAUGGACAAGAUAAUUCCUAACACUGGGGAAGAAAAGCUGGAUCAGGCAAUCAAGCAAUGGCUGAAGUAUGAUAAGAACCCUAAAACUUCUGAGGCAGUUCAGCAGCUGGUGGCCGAUGGCAAUGUAGAGGAACUGCGGGUUUCCUUCGGCUUACGGAUGGAGUUUGGAACUGCAGGCCUCAGGGCAGCCAUGGGUGCAGGAACUUCCCGGAUGAACGAUCUGACCAUCAUCCAGACAACACAGGGCUUUUGCAGUUACUUGGAGAAGAGUUUCCCAGACCUGAAGGAAAGAGGAGUCGUUAUUGGAUUUGAUGCUCGAGCCCACCCUCCAAGUGGAAGCAGCAGCAUUAGAUUUGCAAAGUUAGCUGCAGCUGUUUUCAUCAGCCAUGGAGUUCCGGUGUAUCUUUUCUCAGACAUCACUCCAACUCCAUUUGUGCCAUAUACAGUGACUCAUCUGAGUCUGUGUGCUGGGAUUAUGGUGACGGCGUCUCACAAUCCAAAACAGGACAAUGGCUACAAGGUUUAUUGGGCCAAUGGAGCUCAAAUCAUCUCUCCACAUGAUAAUGGGAUUGCCAGUGCCAUUGAAGAGAACCUGGAGCCUUGGCCACAGUCCUGGGAUGAAACCAUCAUUAAAGACAGCCCUCUUCUAAAAGAUCCUUAUGCAGACAUCAACAGGGAUUAUUUCCAAGAAAUACAGAAACACUGCUUUCACAGGGAAAUUAACAAGGCAUCUAAAAUUAAAUUUGUCCACACAUCUGUGCAUGGAGUAGGACACAAAUUUGUUCAGUCAGCUUUCAAGGCUUUUGACUUUGCCCCACCAUUGGCAGUCGCAGAGCAGAAAGAUCCUGAUCCAGAAUUCUCUACUGUGAAGUACCCUAACCCCGAAGAAGGCAAAGGCGUACUGACGUUGUCUUUUGCGUUGGCGGACAAAGAAGGAGCUCAAGUUAUUCUGGCAAAUGACCCUGAUGCUGAUCGACUCGCAGUAGCUGAGAAACGAGACAGUGGAGAGUGGAAAGUGUUCUCAGGAAAUGAGUUAGGUGCCUUGUUAGGCUGGUGGAUCUUUACCUGUUGGAAGGAGAAGAACACAGACCCUUGUGCUUUAAAGGAGGUAUACAUGCUGGCCAGCACAGUCUCUUCAAAAAUCCUCAGAGCCAUUGCACUUAAAGAGGGAUUCCACUUUGAGGAAGCAUUGACAGGGUUUAAGUGGAUGGGAAACCGCGCCAAGCAGCUAUUGGACCAGAAGAAGACUGUUCUCUUUGCUUUUGAAGAGGCUAUAGGAUAUAUGUGCAGCCCUGUUGUCCUUGAUAAAGAUGGCGUCAGUGCCGCUGCUAUAACCGCAGAGCUGUCCAGCUACCUUGCAAUCAGGAACGUGACCCUGUCCCAGCAGCUGAAAGCAAUCUACGAAGAAUAUGGUUAUCAUAUUACGAAGGCCUCCUACUUCAUCUGCCAUGAUUCAAAGACUAUCAAACAAUUAUUUGAAAGGCUGCGAAACUUUGAAGGGGAAAACGCAUACCCCAAAACAUGUGGAAAGUUUGAAGUAUCUGGAGUAAGAGAUUUAACAACUGGCUAUGAUAGCAGCCAAGCUGACAAGAAAGCUGUGCUCCCUACCAGCAAGAGCAGUCAGAUGAUAACAUUUACCUUCACUAAUGGUGGAGUAGCUACAAUGAGGACCAGUGGAACUGAACCCAAAAUCAAGUACUACACUGAGCUCUGUGUGCCGCCCGGGAACAGUGACCCCGAACAGCUAAAAACAGAACUGAGCAGCUUGGUGGAUGCAAUUGUGGAACAUUUCUUUGAACCACAAAAGAAUAAUUUUAAACCUCAGCCAGAGUAGAGUAUUGUAAUUCUACAGAAAAAAAACAAGCAGCCUUACAUCAUUGAACUUGUAACUGAAGACUAUAGUAUGUCAUAUUUACACAGUAGAGAGCAUGUUUGAUCACACACUUCAAAUAACACAGAACAGCCUGGAACAAAUUGAAAUACCAUAAAUACUGUGUAAUACCAACACAUUUGAGAUACUGAAGAAACUAUUGGUGAAUUUUGUAACAAGGUGUAGGACUUUGUACACAGAACACAAGCAGACAGAAGUCUGGAGGGCAGUUUAAACUUAUGUACGAUGGCCUCCUUUUUUUUGGUAAUCAAGUCUUACUUAAUAGCUUGAACAGCUUCAGCACUGACUCUCCCUCUCAUUGUGGUCAAACUCUUUGUUAUUUUUUCUUCAAGUUCAUGUUGAAACGAAUAUUCCACUGUCACUGUUUUACACUAAGCACGAACAAUGUUUACAAACCUACAUAUCCCUAUUUGUAGUACAAAAAACAAGAAAUGGGACUGGGAUUCUUUAAGAAAUAAGAAUUAUUAACGCUCUUGUAAAUUGUUACUGUAUUAAAUGAAAACAGGUCAUAAGAACAAAUACAGCAGUAGCUUUAUCAAAGGUGCAGCUGUUAUAUAUAAAGGCCCACUCAUGAAUCCUGACCUGUUCCACUGGACCAAAAGCUUCCUUGGGCAAAUGACUAGCAAUGCUCUCUUGCAGAGUGGUAGGGUACAUUCCAGCAAUGUUCUGCUUUUAGUCUCCCAAUCAUGCAGUAUAUGUAUGUUUUUAAUAUUAUGCUUCAGGACACUACAGUUUAAAACACCCUCACUACCUAAAAUAUCCGAAGCAUAACAAACUUUAAUUGACCCCCACCCCCCCUGUUUUGUAAAACCUAGAACAAAUUGUCUACAUUGAACACUUUAAAUUGUAUUUUUGGCGAAAGAGAUAGAUAGAUAGAUAGAUAGAUAGAUAGAUAGAUAGAUAGUCUUAAUAAAAUGAAGUCUUGAAGAUUAUGAUUUUUUUUUUUUUUCUACUUGCACCGACUGAUGCAGUUUACAUCCGCAGUGUUAACCGUGGAGAGCAGGGAUGGUCAUUUAUAUUCUUCUGACAGGCUCCUCUGUAAACACUUGUUCAGUGCCAGAAUAAAAUCAAAACUUGCCUUAAUCACCAAAAUGUCUCCAAUUCAGAGGUGGCCUGCUCUGAAGAGUUCUAGGUGCAGUACAAAGAUAUUGCCUCGGCCAUAAUUUAUGCACAGCUGUCUUAUCUAAUGUGUGUUGUUCCUAACAUAGUUUCAUUCCCAUCGUAAAAAUGGUAAAACUUAUUAAAACAUUUUUAAUUUAAACAAUAUACUGUGUUUUUAUGGGCCUGAGUUGAGUCCCAGUUGUCUCAUGUAGAACCACUGGUAAAAAGAAACCCUGUCGAAUGUAAUUUACCUAGAUUUACUGGAUGGCUGGAUAUGUGAGCAGUUAUUUGAGGUUUUGACCAUUGUGUUUCCAAUUGUGUGUGUAUUUUCUGUUAAACUUGCUAAAAAGCUUUGGCUAAUCAUUGAUAUACCUUACUAAUGUAUUUCAAUAAAGAGAUGGCUUAAGCAUUA